AUGGGAGUUUGUAGUACGAAAAUGAGUAAUCAUUAUGAAUAUCCACCCAAGCGAGAUGAAUCUCCUAUGUAUGUACCUUUCGAAUCGCUCACCAAAUCAGUUGUUCAUUCUGUUAUUAAAGUUGUAACUUCAUAUCGUUCUCUAAAUGAAGAUUAUAGUGAACGUACUCUUUAUAAUUUCUUGCUUGCAAUAAAGGAGAAAUUGGAAAAAAUUGAAAGCGAUAUAAGUACAAAUGAAAAAAAAUUUGAUGAUCAUAUCAUUCAACAUGCAGGACAAGUUCGUGAGUGGCUUAUGGAUAGGAAUAACAAGCCAUUAGAUUGGAAGAAUCUUGAAAAACAUUAUGAAAAAAAAAUCAAUGAACGUGAACGUUAUUGGGAAUUAAAAGAACAUCCUCAACAUCUUCUUUUAAAACGAUCUCGUAACUAUAUGAGUAAAUCUCGCAAGGAUGGCUUCAAACCUGAAGAACUCAAAGUCUAUUGGAAUAUAGAACAAUUGGAAAAUCUUUGUCCAAAGGAAGGAGUACAAGAAAGUGUAGAACCGCCACAUGAUCCGUCAGAUAUUGAUGCAAUCAAAAAUCUUCGUGAAUUUCCUGUUUCGACUCGAAAGCAUCGUGGUGCAAUUAAAUAUGUUAAUAAAGGAAUUGAACGUGCAGUUUUUUAUGUACCUGAACAAGCUCAAAUUAUUCUUUUAAAUUUUGCGAAUGAACAAUCACCAGGAGGUGGCUAUUUAAGAGGUGCCAGGGCACAAGAAGAAGUCAUUCUUUAUAAUUCUGAUGGUUAUCGAUCAUUACUUGAUCUUAAAUAUGGACGAAUGCAGGAUGGUUAUGCUAUACCAGAAUUUGGACUAGCUUAUGUUCGCGAUAUAUGCUUUUUCGAUGCAAGCGAUGAACAAAAACAUCGCAAAGCUGAUAUGUUAGUUUCUGCAUGUUAUUGUGUGGGUUAUGAUCAGCUGUAUGAUAAUCCAAAAACUGAUGGGGAGUUGAAACAGAAUACUUUAUCUAAAUUUCGGGCAUUUAUGGCAGCAGCUGUUGCAAAUACUAUAGGUGAUGGUAAGAAUACAUAUCUCUUACUUGGUCCUAUUGGUACUGGUGCAUUCAGAAACGAAGUCGACGAUAUAGCUAAAGUUUUUCAUGAAGUACUCAACAUGAAAAUAAUGAAUUCAGAAGGACCUGUUCGUUUUGCUUUUGAAAAUAUUUGGUUUGUUUCAACAGACAAAUGGAAAAAUGAUGAAUUCAACAAGCUCAUACAUGAAGAUGAACUAGACAAUACCAAAGAUAAUUGA